CAACGCCCUCCUCCUCCUCGUCGCCAUCCUCUUCUUCUGGGCCAAAUCCGCCUUGCUCCUCAACAGACCUCUGCCGCCGCUUCCGAAUCUGGAAGUGUCCGAUGAGGUCGUAGAGAAGGCUGCGAAUGAGGCCAGAGUGUGGAUCAACCGCGUGUUGGCUAUUGGCCAUGACAUUGCCAUUAAGCGAGAUAGGAAGGUGUUCCUUGAGGUUAUCUUGGUUUUGUGGCUUGUUUCGUAUAUUGGAAGGUUCUUCAACUUCCUUACAGUUGUCUACAUUGGGAUUCUCCUAUCUCUCACUGUACCUGCUCUGUAUGACAAAUACCAGGAUCAUGUUGAUGAGAAGCUUGGUAUUGCACACAGUUUAUUUUUGAAGCAGUAUGACAACAUCUUAAGCAAGACUGGAGAAUCGAGAAAAGAGAAGAAGACCCAGUAGCCGCUUUACUUUCUGGUGCCUGGACAAUUUCAUGUGGGCAUUUGCAUCUUCAACAAAUAGUGAGCGCACUUUAAAGGGUUUUGGGCUAAAUGUAGUUGUAGAUCACUGAUGAAAUUAUGGUGCCAUUCAUCAAAUUGCAGAACAUUCGGCAGAAAUCGUGUCGACUUCGAUCGAACAACUUUACGAAGCUGGUUGAGGAUAUGUCUAUUUCUCCAAUUAUAGCAUUAAGAAUUUCCCUAUUUUGGGGUGUUUCAUAAAGUAUUUCUUUUGCUGCUGUAUUAAUUUAGACAGGUUUUGUCACUGGUAUCACAAUAUUGAUAUUUUUUUGGGAUUCUAUCAUCAUCUUAAUUUUAUAUUUUAUAUGGGCACGUGCUUAUAUGCUUUGGUUA